AUGUCUGAACCAGCCCAGAGCCAAGGCGACGAUUUUGAACAUCCCGGCGACCAAACCCAGCCCACUGCCGAAAUCCUCAACGCCCUCAACAUCAUCAAAUCUGAGCCCCAAAAAGACCUACCGCCACCCACUGAGUAUGAGGCGCUCACGGCGCAAUUGCUCGAGAAACCUCACAACCCUGAAAAUUGGAGACGACUCGUCAACGUGGCUGAGAGUACCGGUGACAUUGAAAAGAUAAAGACCACAUUUGACAGCCUAUUGAAGCAAUAUCCAAACACAUCUUCUGCACAAAUUGCAUAUAUUAGUCACUUUUUGAAUGAUCAAGAAACUUUUGGAGCUGCUGAAGAACUCUUCAAGAAAUUCUUGAGAACAUCGCCGUGUGCCGAUCUUUGGAAGUUUUAUCUUGUCUAUGUGAGACGUUUGAAUGUUUCGCCAUCCACGCGUGAUAUCGUCCGAAAGUCUUACGAGUUUGCUUUGAACCAUGUUGGUCAAGAUAAGGAAAGCGGAGACAUUUGGAAUGACUACAUACAAUUUCUCAAAGCUGGCGAGACGACAACGACAUGGGAAGAACAACAGAAAAUGGACGCAUUGCGCAAGGUUUACCAUCGCGCCGUCCAAAUUCCCCUGGACAACGUCGAGCGACUCUGGCAAGAACUCGAAGCAUUCGAGGUAAAUCUCAACAGGAUCACCGCCAAAAAAUUCAUGGCCGACCUCUCACCAGCCCACAUGCAAGCUCGUACCGUCCUCCGUCAGCUUACGAACCAUCUAAAUGCCCUGUACCCUCCAUCGUCCAAUGACAUAUUUUUGCCUCCGCUACCCAGGUUUGACGCAUCAGAACGGACGCUUGUUGGCAAGUGGAAAGCGUAUCUGAAGUGGGAGGAGAGUAACCCUCUAGAGAUUGAAGAGAAGGAGAAGGCAACGCUGAUCACUCGGAUCCAGGGUGUUUAUCGCAAGGCCGUCAUUCGUAUGAGGUAUUACAGUGAAAUCUGGUUCAUGGCGUAUACGUGGACGAAUAGCGUGGGCAAGCAUGACGAGGCCCUCUCGAUACUGAAAGCUGGGCUUGAGGCCAAUCCGUCAAGCUACCUACUGACCUUUGCCUACGCUGAGGCUCUGGAGGUCAAGAAAGACUUUGCUGAGGUUCACACCCUCUACGACAAGUUCCUCGAAACGCUACGUGGUCAGCUCGAAGCACUCGAACAGUCCUCAGUAGCAGCAAACGCAUCCUUCUCAUCAAAUGGGAGUGCCUCUGAAGAGAAGCCACCAAAAUCAACCGAGGUCCAGGAACGCAGGACUGAGUAUGGGUUGGCUUAUAUCAUGUACAUGCGUUUUGCGCGAAGAGCAGAAGGUGUGAAGUCGUCGAGGAUGGCGUUUGGCAAAUCUCGCAAAGAUCGAUGGGCUCCUUGGGAGGUAUACGAAGCUGCUGCUUUGAUGGAGUAUCACUGUUCUGAUGACAAGUCGGUCGCAAGCCGUAUAUUUGAGAAGGGCCUAGACACGUUUGGUGAUGAGAUCGAGUUUGUGCUACGCUAUCUAGGUUUCCUAAUUUCUAUCAAUGACGAAAAUAAUGCAAGAGCCUUAUUUGAACGGAUUAUCGGUACUUUCCCACCAGAGCGAGCCCGACCACUAUGGGAACGCUGGGCUCGAUAUGAGUACCAGUAUGGUGAUCUUGAAGGUGCGCUAAAGCUGGAGAAGCGGAUUGCGGAGGUUUACCCGACUGGUAUGUUGUUCAUCUGCAUCUUGUUGUAG